GGUUUUAUUGAAUUAUUAUGUGCUAGAGAUAUGGAAGUGAGAAAAAUAACAUUACACAACUCAUCAUCAAGACUGCCCUGAAUCGGAACAUCAGCCAUAAAUCCGUAUGAUACUCGUGCAUUUAUUUUCCUGAUAAGAAAUUAAAAUAAUAAUGUCUUCAGACCCAGUUAAAGUUUCACGAUGGUAUUUCGGAGGUUUGGCUUCCGCGGGGGCAGCCAGCAUCACUCACCCGCUGGACUUGCUCAAAGUGCAGAUGCAAACACAAAAAGGGAAAUCGGAUUCUUUACUCAAACUCACUGGAAAUGUUUUAAAAAAACAAGGUAUUAUGGGUCUAUACUCCGGCAUAUCAGCCUCAAUCACGCGCCAGCUUAGUUACUCCUCAGCCCGUUUUGGAAUCUAUGAAGUUUCUAAACAGUACUUUGCACCAAAAGAUGGCAGUGCAUUACCUUUCUACAUGUCUGCAUUCCUAGCUGGGCUGGGAGGAUUGGCAGGAGGACUUGUAGGAAAUCCCGCGGAUUUAGUCAAUGUACGCAUGCAAAAUGACGUCAAACUGCCUAAGGACAAUAGACGAAAUUACAAAAACGUGUUCCACGGGAUGUAUUCGGUGGUCCGGAAAGAGGGAGUGAUGCAGCUGUGGGCCGGGGCUAGCAUGAACUGCAGCCGAGCAAUUCUGAUGACCAUCGGCCAGCUCUCCUUCUACGAUCAGAUCAAACAAUUGCUUCUGUCCACCCCGUACUUCGGGGACAAUGUCGUCACGCAUGUCACGUCCAGUCUUUGCGCUGGUGGUAUAGCAACGACGCUAACACAGCCGGUGGACGUGCUCAAAACAAGGGCGAUGAACGCGAAACACGGAGAAGUGAAAGGUCUGUUAAGCCUCGUGGCCAGCACGGCUAAGGAGGGACCCAUAGCGUUCUAUAAAGGGUACAUUCCAGCGUUUGCGCGACUCGCACCUCACACCAUUCUCACAUUCGUGUUCUUAGAACAGCUUAGAAUAAACUUUGGAUUUGUCAAAGGGAAUUAGGCUUAAUUAGUCAAUGCUGAGACGUAGACAAUUUUGCAGUCUGGUCCGGGAGAUCCUUAUGGUUUUGAUGGAAUCGACUGUGGAUGAAUAUGU